UGACAGCUCACAGCUGCUCUGAGAAAGUAUGUCACAGUGAUGGAGUAUCGCGUGUCACGUGAUCGCAUACAUUAACGCCGAGCAGGUAUAACCACGUGAUCAUCAGUGAAGCGUCAGCCAGGAAGUGAGACGUUGUUUACCUCGAGUGCUCGUCCAUGUUGCAGUACCUGUAAAGGUAAAACACUUGGUCACUGUUGAUCUAUUACACACGACUCGUCUUAAAAGCACUCACAGAUUUGAAGUAUAGUCGACAUCAAGAUAUGGCCGUCGCUAAAAGGAUAACAGACAACCAUCUGACCUGUGUCAUCUGUAGAGAGGUGUUCACAGACCCUGCAUCACUUCAGUGCAAUCACACAUUCUGUAAGUCGUGUCUGCUGAAAUACACCAAAACACAGCCAGGAGCAAUACAAGCCAGAUCCAUUCCAUGUCCCUCCUGCAGACAACUGACGAGGGUGGCCACUCCUGACAGAUCAGUACAUGAAUGGGUCAAUUGUCUGAAACCAAGCCACGUCAUACAGGGCCUGAUAGACGAUUUGGUGGGAUCGCAAGAUCUUGAUGUCUGUGGUGUGUGCAAACGAGAUGGGGACACAACUCCAGCCACCAUGUUGUGCACCAUUUGUGACGAUGUUUUCUGUGAUGGGUGUGUCAUGAAGCACAAUAGGGUGCCAAGGUUACGUGACCAUAAAGUGAUUGACUUACGGAAUAGGAAACCAAAGGUUCCAAGCUCUAUGUGCAGAAUUCACAAGGACGAGAAGAUAAAACUGUUUUGCAAAGAUUGCAGGAUGGCAAUUUGUACUGUAUGCUGCAGCAUCAAACACAGGAAGUGUGAUGAUGUUGAAACCAUUGAUGCCAUGACGCCUCUUGUAAAAGAAACUCGGAUCAAUCAAACAAGGAACCAAUUGAGGGAGAGUAAAACUUACACUGAUAAGAUGUCAUCAAUACGAUCGGAUUUUGAAAGCAUUCUGACCAUCGAACUCCCCAAGCUGAGGAGAUCUUUGGAUGAGCUGAAGAUCGGAAUUGCUCGGCGUCCCCUGCAAACAAUUGACUGCAGCAGGCAGGGACACACGUACGGUGCAUUGAAUGAUGUUGCAGUUUUGACUGUUCAUGGUAUCAAGGUAACUGUUGUGACAGAUAAUUCAAUCAGUAGACUUCAUGCAUGUUAUACUUCAAACAAAACAUUCAUCCAGAAAUGUCUCGAUCUUCCCACUGGUCCAAGUCGAGUAGCUAAGGUGGGUGAAGCUUUGGCAGCUGUUACUCUGCCAGCCUCACGACAAAUAGCUUUCAUCAACUUUGACCCUGAGCCUUCAUUACUCUCAACUGUGAAGACAAAGAAGAUGUAUUAUGGGUUAGCCUGUCUGAACUCUUCACAACUGGUAGCAGGUGGUAACGACAGUCGUGCCUCUGUUGACGUGCUGGAUAUGAAAGGGAAUGUUCUUAAAUCUAUCAACACAGGUGUGAUAAAGAACCCCUUCUAUAUUCACGUUACGAGGAAUAACAGCUUGUUGGUUAGUGAAUGGACAGUAAAAUCCCUGGUAUCUGUGACCAGUGAAGGCAAAAUUGUUUUCACCUACACUCCCACAGGAAACAAAGCUCUGAAAUAUCCCGGAGGUAUCACAUCAACCAGCACAGGCGACAUCCUGCUUGUAGACAGUGGCUCCAACAGGGUAAUUCAGCUGACAGAGUCGGGGCAGUUUGUCAGAGAUGUUUUCAAACCACUGUAUUGCCCUGAGUAUCCUGUUGGCAUCUGUCUGGAUGAUGAUGGUCUGCUGUAUGUUUCCAGCUAUACGUACGUGAAAGUUUUCAGAUUUGAAUAGUAUGUGAAUAAACACACGGAUAAUAUUUAACAUUGAUUAAUUGAACAUGGAAAUUAAUGUACUGCACAACUUGCUUGUGAACCAUACCGACUGUAUACUUCGUCAGGCAGUUAUGACAAACGGCCACGAGAAACAACUGGUGGUACAGAAAUUGUUAUCAAGCAGUUGAUCUUUGGAACAGAUUUAAUUUAUCAAUGCUUGAUAUCUUGCUUUUAACGAACAUUACAGAAAGCUCGUCUACUCUCUUCGGCCAGAAUGAUCAACCGUUUGAGAUUGAAGACACAGAGAAAGUUAUGAUAGAAUUUAUUGACACAAAACUAUCUAAACAGUGGGAAUGUGCAAUGUAUUCAAUGUAUUAUAUAUAUAUAUAUAUAUAUAUAUAUGUGUGUGUGUGUGUGUGUGUGUGUGUGUGUGUGUGUGUGUGUGUGUGACUCAUACGACACAUGAAAUUCAACAUGAUUUAUCUGUUUGUAUGACUGGACAUGUUUUACAGAAAUAUUAUCAAGUGCUAUCUUUUUUUACAAUGACAAACAAUGAUCAUAUAUUGAAUCCAACAUUUGAACUACCAGUGUGUUAGUACAAAUGACACCAGGACACAAUGAACUACUGCACAAGAUGAAUUAUCCUGAUAUAAUUUAACUGACAAGAUAGAAUAUUAAAACAGUGGGAACUUUACAUUUUAUGCAUGCAUGCAUGUCUGUAUGUAGGAAUGUAUGUAUGUAUGUAUGUAUGUAUGUAUGGAACAUAUGUUCCAUAUGGUAUGUUUGUUAAUUUGUUUUUUUAAUUGUUAUCAGCAAUACUCCAACCUAACUAGCGUCCAAAAGAAACUGUACUAUAUUUUUAAAUCACUAGCAUCCGAUAUUGGCAUGCCAGUUGCUAACUACCUAUAUGACACUUUAUAGUGUCACAGAUCGUGGUAUUUAAAGCAAACACGUUGCUCAAAGUGAAGCAAUAUUUUCCCUCUACAUUCUCAACAUAUUUAUAUCAAAAAUAUUUCGUCUGUCUUCGGCCCAACUUGGCCCGGGCUGUCAAAAUCAACCUUAACCUCACAAAUGUAUCAUAAAAUGUGUUUACAUCUAUAGAAUCGCAUUAUAUCUACCUAUGUCUACCUUUGUUGUUUUGAGUCCAUCUCACUCUUGAAAAUAUAACAAAAGUCCUUGUAUGGCA